GUCUCGGCGGCUUGUUACUGGACCCGAUCCAGUCCAUGUGUCUCUCUUCCUCUUCCUCUCUCUCGCUCUCCCCGCUCUCUGUCUGGGAGGCGAGCGGAGAGCAGACCUCAUACCCUUUGCUCUCGGCUUUCGCCUCUUUCUGCUCCCCUGCAAGACCCCUUUAAGGAGGCGGUGACGCUGACCUUCUGUAACGAAAAGAGGUUACAGAAAAGAGAACUCACAGAAGACAGAGAGAGAAAGAGAUUUGGAGGAGAGCCCUAGAAGAAGAAAGGAAAGGCAAUGGUGGAUCUGUGGUGGGUGGUGGUAGGGGCAGCGGUACCUGCGCUAGCAGCUGCGCAGGCGGCGAGGAUGAGGAAGAAGAAGGCGGACGAGGAGCAGAUGAUCAAGAAAAAGAGCUCCGAUGACAUCUUUGUGUGCGAGAGGGUCUGCACUUCUAAGCGGAUGCUGAAGAAGGUUGGUUCCUUCUCCAAGGAGCCAACGCCGGACACAUGCGUUACCGUCUGCGGCGUCUCCCAGAUUGACGCCUGCGCCGAUGCCUGCGCCCGCACUGUCUGCGUCCUUCCGCACCAUGUCCCCAAUUGGAACGACGUGUGCCUCCGCAGGUGCCAGAGCGAGUGCCUCAAGCUCUCUUCUUCCCGAUACUGAUGAUUUGUUAAUUCUGCUCCUUCUAGGUAGUUGAUGUUUCUUCGCUAUCUUUGGCUUUAGAGAAGGCAUCGCAGUUUUAUUAUUGUUGGCGGUUCAGAUUUUUAUGUUCGAUGGGGCAUCUUGUACGUUCUUUAAAGUAGAGUAGGACUGAAGAUGAACAUUCCAGUUUGGAUUACUUCACUUCCCUUUUUUUUUCUCCCCAGUUAUGUGAAAAUGGUAGAUGUCAUAUGUUCUCCUGUGAUUUUUCACAGUGACGAUAGGUGAAGGUGAGUGUGUCCGAUGUCAAUAAUCGUGAUACAGUUGGUCGAAUUGUUAGUCAUUUUUGGGAUUUCCCUUUCUAUAGAAAAAAGGUUGGUGCUUUUGCGUUUCA